CAGAAGCAGUAGCUGUUUCACUCUGCUCUCACAGCCCUUCCUGCAAAAAGGCACGCUGCUGUUGCUCCGCGAUUCAAAGCAGCAGAAGCCAUGUCUUCGAUAGCCUCCGCUCAGCUCUUCAUCCUGUGCAACGUCUGGUGCUUGAUCCGCGGGGCUUCUGUGGCUGCUCCAGAUGUUGCCGUGAGAUGCGCUGAAGAAGUGUUGCUGCCCUGUAAAGUUCGUCAGGACUCCACAGUCACCUACCAGACAGUGUCCUGGUACAAAAUGGCUGGACAUGGUGAAGGAAAAGCAUGGAAAGUCCUGGAUGUGGACUCUCACCACCCAGAAGAACUUGGUGGGUCCCUGGAGCUCUCCAAUGACACCCUCUUUUCACUGAAGAUCAAAAACGCUACCAGCCACAACAGUGGGACAUACAGGUGCAUUUUGCGGGAGCAAAACGGAGAACGCAAUCUAAGUGGCACAGUCACAUUGAAAGUAUCAGGUUGCCCUGGAAUACUAGAAGAUGAAAAAUUAAAAAAAUACAAAGCAGAGCUUUUCAUGCUGACUUGCCUUGGGAUUUUUUACUUACUGCUCAUCUUUUUUACUUGUACGUGUCUAAGAAAAGAUAGUAUGUCUCCCAAUUAUCAUAAAAACAGAAAAGAUGUGAAACACAUGCUCACCCUCAUCAGUGCACAUGAAAUGACAACUUUCCAGGAUUUAAACAGUGACAACAUGUACGAAAAUCGGCUUACUUCGAAUUCUGUCUAAGCUGAUGUUGUUGAUGGCUGUGGGCUCAUCAGUAAACAUGACAUGAGACGGAUAGCUGAGUGGUAUGGAGAGGAAAUAAAUGCUAAUAUAUUGCCUCUUCAGGACAGCCUGACAGUAUGGGCAAUCUGUCAAGUGAUCUGCUUGCGCUGGACAAGUCUUCAAAAAGCAUUGGUAUGCACUACAGUAACUCUCGGGUGUUCAGUGGCUAACGAAGACCGUUGCAGCUAUAUAACUGCAUUACAAUGCUAUUAUGAAGUUGGAAUCAACUUCAUUUCACUCCUCUUGUCCUGAACAAUACUGACUACUCCUGUGAUAUGAAGACCAGGUUAUAGGAGGGCCACAGCAGCGUAAAGCCAGGGCAUUAAGCUCUUCGCUGAACUAAUAGCUCUCAUCUUUCCGAAAAAAGAAAGAAAGAAAAAAAAAACCACACACAACAGUUGCUGCAGUAUUUUCAGAAAGCUAAGUGUGCAGGGCUCUCCCUGCUCUGCCCUCCGGGCUCUUGUUCUGGAUCAAGUGCCUUUACUGCAAAUGAGGUACAACUCAUAACACAAUGUUAGCUUAUCAUGAAGAGGUAAUUGCACAUUGUUGUCCUGGAUGAAUCAAAUCAACAUUUUUACAUCUCAGAGUGACAGACAGGCUGAGAUGUAAGAAGGGAGAAAAUAUUCUGGAAAUCUUUCUGAACUGAAUGGAACUUUUCAUCUCUUCAGCAAUGGAUUUCCACAACAGAUCCAUCAGCUAUUUCCAAAGGCAUCUCUAAGUAGGUCAAUCUAUAGGAAACUGCAACAAGAUUGUUAACCUGAAAUCAACAACAACAAAAAAAAGACUGAAGCAGCAUGUGAUAUUAAGGACAUGCGAAGAUGAAUUCUUUUGUGUUUUAUAACACAAAAGAUGUAUGCAAUGCCUAUGUUAGUGGAGUUACACUAGUGAUGACCAAGGUCAUGGCUUGGAAGAAAUCAGCCAUCCAUAUCUUUGGGAUAUAUUGAGACAGCCAUGAGAUACAGAAACAGAAGAUGGGGUGAAUGCCUAUCUGCUUCUGGUAUUGACAAUGCACAGUAUAUGUGAAAUGACGAUAAGAGAAAAAGCUAAACUUAAGCACAGUGCAAGGGAGAGAAGACUUACUUGUCCUCUUGGACCAAAGAGAGCAAGAGUCUGGAGUCUAAAAAUCAAGGCACCUCCCUUGCCAGGUUGCUGGUGCAGAAGUUGAAGCAAGAGGAGCCUAGAAGGAUUGUGGAUGUUUAUGCUGAGGAUGGAGCAGCAGCAUGAGAGUGGGCAAUCACCCAAGAACACAGCCGAUGACCUUUACAAAAGAAAGUGAAAUUAAAUCCUUCAAAAGCGAAACUGAGGCAUGGGAUUUUCAGUGCAGUCUGGAACUCCUGGCUGUGAGAAGGAGGCUCUGUCUAUAACCCUUUGACUAAUUUUGAAGUGCUGGUGGGAGGAAAGCACCAUGUGUUGGUCAGCAGUGCCCCUCUGAGUGGAGUGGAUGUCUACACUGCUAGACUUCCAAGGGGCUCCUGUCCAGAAGAAUGGUUACAUGUGAUAUGUAACUUAUUCAGGGCAUGGUAAAUUAAUGACACAUAUGCUUUUUUGUGAUCAGUUUUACAUAUAAAUCCAUGUAACAUACUUAAAAUAAAAUUUCAGAUGUAACCUACCACUAGUUUUCCUGUGUGCCACAUAAGGCAAAAUAAAAUCAGAAAUACUCUGUA